AUGGCCUCCUGGAAGGACCAUCCGUUCGCGAAACCGCCGCUCCUGAUACCAUGGCGCUCGCUGCAGCUACUGCUCCCUUUCCCUUCACGCCUCCGCCGCCGCAUCCGGUCCAAGUUGCGCUCGAGAACGUCUCCUUCCUCCUCCAUAACACGCCUGUCGACUUCGUUCUCUCCUCUAGACACCCUCAAGGCGCUGCAGGCUCAUAGGUGGACCAUAUACGACGGCCAAUACCUCGUGCUUAUCGUGCUGGGCAUCUUCUCCCUCUGCAUCAUCGAGUCGCCGGGACCGCUGGCAAAGACCAUCGUAGCUCUCGGCCUGAUCAGCUCGCUUCUUAUGCCGAUAACAUGCCAGUUCUUUCUUCCUUUCCUGCCGGUAAUCUGCUGGCUGAUAUUCUUCUAUGCUUGCCAAUUCAUCCCCAGCGACUGGCGGCCGCCGAUCUGGGUCCGCGUCCUGCCUGCCCUGGAGAACAUCAUCUACGGCGCAAACCUGUCAAACAUCCUCUCAGCUCACCAGUCUACCGCUCUGGACCUUCUCGCCUGGCUCCCCUACGGGAUCAUGCAUUACGGUGCUCCCGUCGUUUGCGCCAUCUUCCUCUUCAUCUUCGGCCCUCCCGGCAUCACUCCCAUCUUUGCUCGCAGCUUCGGAUACAUGAAUAUUGCAGGUGUCAUUAUCCAGUUCCUCUUCCCUUGCUCUCCACCUUGGUACGAAAACCUCUACGGUCUUGCGCCAGCUCACUACGGCAUGCCAGGAGACCCCGGUGGUCUGGCACGCAUUGACGCCCUGUUUGGCAUUGACCUGUACACCUCCGGCUUCUCUGCCGCACCUGUACCCUUCGGCGCCUUCCCAUCCCUCCACGCCGGCCAUGCCACCUUUGAAGCGCUCUUCAUGAGCCAUGCAUUCCCAAAACUCAAGCCGGUCUUCAUCACUUACGUUGUCUGGCUCUGGUGGUCAACCAUGUACCUCUCCCACCACUACGCUGUCGACCUUAUCGGUGGCGGUCUCCUUGCUGCAGUCACCUUCUACUAUGUCAAGUCUCGCUUCCUUCCACGCGUGCAAACCGACAAGUUCACUCGCUGGGACUACGACUAUGUUGAAGUCGGCACUGCCGACAUGAGCAUGCCUGGCUCAUACGGCUAUGACGUCGCUGAUGGCCUACAGCUUGACAGUGACGAAUGGACCGUCGGAUCCAGCUCAUCCAUUUCCUCUGGCUCAUUGAGCCCAGUCGACGAGCAGUCGGCAUGGGGCGCUGAGAUAGACGUCGUACCCAAACGCUCUUCAGACCUCGAGACCGGCUUAGGCAUCUCAAGAUGA